GGGCUGCGGGAGCCGGGCCCGGGCAGCGUCCUGCACCAACCGCCUCGCCGCGCCGCGCCAUGGCCCACCAGCACUGGGGCUACAGCCCGGGCAACGGACCCGAGCGCUGGCACGAGGUUUUCCCCAUCGCCCACGGAGCCCGCCAGUCCCCCGUGGACAUCCACAGCGCUGCGGCCCGCUACGACCCUGCGCUGCAGGCCCUGACCAUUAGCUACGACCCCGCCACCAGCAAGAGGAUCGUCAACAACGGACACGCCUUCAAUGUGGAGUUCGACGACGCGGCGGAUCGCUCAGUGCUCAAAGGAGGACCACUCUCUGGGACAUACCGGCUGAUUCAGUUCCAUUUCCACUGGGGGUCCUGUGAUGAUAAAGGCUCUGAACACACAGUGGAUGGGGUGAAAUAUGCUGCAGAGCUUCACUUGGUACACUGGAAUACAAAAUAUGAGAAGUUUGGCGAAGCAGUAAAACAUCCUGAUGGCCUGGCUGUCGUGGCUGUAUUCUUGAAGGUGGGAGAUGCUAGGCCAGGCCUGCAGAAAGUCCUUGAUGUGCUGGAAUCCAUCAAAACCAAGGGCAAGGAAACUGUCUUCACCAACUUUGACCCUACUGGACUUCUGCCAGCCUCCCAAGACUACUGGACAUACUUAGGCUCCCUGACCACUCCUCCUCUCCUGGAAUGUGUGACCUGGAUUAUCCUGAGAGAGCCCAUCACUCUGAGCAGUGAUCAGAUGUCCAAACUGCGCUGCCUUUAUUUCAACUGUGAGGGAGAGACACCAUGCAAAAUGGUGGACAACUGGCGUCCUUGUCAGCCCCUGAAGAACCGGGAAAUAAGAGCCUCAUUCCAAUAAACCUGAUCCAGAAGGAGGUUGGGGAGGGCAGUCGCCAUUCUACUUUGGCAACUGGGGCACUGGCAUCUUUUCUUUUAGAGCUCCAAUUGCUGCAUCUUUCUGUUCCUAAUGUCCUCACUAAUGAAAUGUGAAAGACCAAUAAAGUGUUCUUAAUGUGAAAAAAAGAGUAAACUGCAUAAUGCUUCACAAACUUGCUGUGAUUGGUGCUUCAGUUAGGUUAGUUCUUUUCCUAUGGCCCUUUGGAAAAUGGGUCUUCUUUCCCUACAGGCUAAAGGCCUUAACUACCUGACAAUAAUAAAGCUGAUUUUAAAUAUAGGCAAGGAGAAUAGUUGAGAAAUUUAAAUCUCAUUUUAGUGAUUGAAUGAACAUCAAUCUACAUUGAUGUGGUGAAAUGAACAAGAUUAAUAGAAGUGAUUUCAAGAGGUUGCAUUUUAGGAAACUGAAAUGUAUAUAUUUUUUAAAUUUGUUUUACUCUGGUAGUCAUCAAAUAUUAAAUCUGUAUAUUUUGGAUUUCAUAGAGUUCUAGAUUAAAUAUCUGUAAAAAUU